AUUUUACUCACAAUACUCAAAAACAAUCACCAGGUUCAAUGAACAACAAAGCCGAGCUCGUCUUCAUCCCUGCACCAGGCGUUGGCCACCUCGGCUCCACAGUGGAGUUGGCCAAGCUCCUCCUCCACCGCCACCAACGCAUCUCCAUCACUGUCCUCGUCAUGAAAUUACCCUCCGACUCCAAAGUUAACACCUAUCUAAACUCACUCUCUUCUGGCGACCGCAUCAGCUUCCUUCAUCUCCCCAAUGAUGACCUACAAGGAUUCGACCCCAAAAAAUUCUUCCCUUCUUUCAUUGAAUGUCAUAAAACCCUCGUCAAAGAAGCCGUCUCUAAGCUUGUUCACUCCGAAUCAGUCUCCAAUGACCCACCUCGACUCGCCGGGUUUGUUCUCGACUUGUUUUGUACAAGCAUGAUCGAUGUUGCUGAUGAGUUUGAAGUUCCUAGCUAUAUUUUCUUCACGUCCGGUGCGGGUUUUCUGGGUUUGAUGCUUCACGCGCAGGCUCUUUAUGAUAAGCAGAACAAACACAUUGCUGAGUUGAAAGACUCGUAUUCUGAGUUGGAAGUACCGAGUCUCAUUAACCCAUUUCCUACUAGAGUUUUGCCUUCUGCGUACUGGGAGAAACCCAUGAUUCUGUUUGAGCUAACGAGGAGGUUCCGAAGGGCUAAGGGCAUUGUUGUAAAUUCCUUCAUUGAGCUGGAAUCAUAUGCGAUCAACUCUUUCUCAAAUGGUGAAACCAACAUCCCACCCGUUUAUCCUGUAGGACCCAUUCUGAAUCUAAAUGGUGAUAGCAUUGAUUUAGGUUUAGGUGGGUCCAAAACAAAAGCAGAGAUCAUGGAGUGGCUUGAUGAUCAGCCGCCAUUGUCAGUUGUGUUCCUAUGCUUUGGGAGCAUGGGAAGCUUCGAUGAGGAUCAGGUGAAAGAGAUUGCCUAUGCGUUGGAGCAGAGUGGGCAACGGUUCUUAUGGUCUCUUCGUCAACCUCGACCUAAGGGUCAGUCUGGCGCUCCAAGGGAUUACACAAAUCUAACGGACGUGUUACCAGAAGGGUUUCUCGAUCGAACGGUCGGGAUUGGAAAAGUGAUCGGGUGGGCCCCACAAGUGUCGAUCUUAGCCCACAAGGCGAUCAGAGGGUUUGUAUCGCAUUGCGGGUGGAAUUCGACGCUAGAGAGCAUCUGGUUUGGAGUUCCAAUCGCCACAUGGCCGAUGUACGCGGAGCAGCAAUUCAAUGCGUUUGAGAUGGUGAUUGAGUUAGGACUAGCGGUGGAGAUUAAAAUGGAUUAUAGGAAGUCGGAAGAGAAUCAGACGAUUGUGAGGUCAAGGGAGAUCGAGAAAGGGAUAAAGAAAUUAAUAGAGGAUGAGAAUGAGACAAGAAAAAGAGUGGAGGAGAUGAGCGAAAAGAGCAGAAAAGCCAUGAUAGAAGGUGGAUCUUCGUUCACUUCAUUGGGGUGCUUCAUUGAUGAUGUGAUGAGUAAUUUGUCAUAAAAUUAUGAUAGAACAUGAUGUAAUAAUUAUAUUUAUAAUAAACAAUGUUAUAUUAAUCAAAUACAUCUAAUUUAUUAUGCCAUUGUUCUUUCAAAAGGCAAUUACGUGUUGUAAACUAAUAUAAAAUCUUAACACCAUCCAUCUUGUUAUACAGAAUCUGAAGUGUUUAUUUAUUUAUGAUGAGUCCUCGUACGAGUUAGGUACCGAGUUGACUGAAACAGGAACAUAUA